UUUAAUCCAAAAAACCCAACAUCUUCUCUAUAUCCAAACAUCUCCUUAAUUCGCCCAGCUGGGAUCCAUGGAGGGUCACGUGAUAUUAGCUUCUGGGUCUGCAGAGCAGGUGAGUGACAUCAUCAUCAGGAGAGGUCCAUGGACGGCUGAAGAGGAUUCCAUGCUCAAGACUUACGUCACCAUCCACGGCGAGGGUCGCUGGAACUCCGUUGCUCGCUGCGCAGUUUUUACAGGUCUGAAGCGAACCGGAAAAAGCUGCAGAUUAAGGUGGUUGAACUACUUGCGGCCUGAUGUUAGGCGUGGAAAUAUCAAUCUCAAAGAACAGCUAUUGAUUCUUGAGCUCCAUUCUCGUUGGGGCAAUAGGUGGUCCAAAAUAGCGCAAUAUUUGCCUGGGAGAACAGAUAAUGAGAUAAAAAACUAUUGGAGAACGAGGGUCCAAAAGCAGGCUAAGCAGCUCAAAUGUGACGUCAAUAGCAAACAGUUUAGAGACGCCAUGCGUUACGUAUGGAUUCCCCGGAUGAUGGAGCGGAUCCGGGCCACAUCCGAACCCUACUCGGAUCAACCAGCCUCCACCAGUAACCACACAGCUGGGGUCAACCCAAGUCAGGUUGGCGCGUUUGGGACCGACCCGGUUGACCCUUAUUUCAUGCCCGCAAUAUCGGGUGGCGGUGCUUCAUCGGAUUCGUCGGAGGCCCAAGUUUCGUCGAUUUCGGAUGUAACCGAAUGUCAUGAUUUAUCGGGCGGUAAUAAUUACCCGGAUAAUCUACAAAACGGGCCGGUCUCAUGCCAACCGGGCAUGGAUAUCCAAGCAUUGGAGCAUAGCAAUGGAUGGUUUGGUGGUGGGGACUCAUUGGACGGGUUGUGGAGUGAUGAGAACAUGUGGUUUUUGCAACAGCAGCUUUGUGAUGCACUCUAAAUAAUAGAAUUCUCUUACGUGACGCAUUUAGGCAUUCAA